AUCGCUAUCAUGGCAGACGAAUUUGGCGAUUGUUCGCAAGAAGAUAUUAAAGAUUUAUUUGAGGGGGCAUCUAAGUAUCUUCGACACGUUGCCGGUUCCCAGAGUGGCGAAAAUCUAUUGUAUUUGUAUGCCCGAUACAAACAGGCAACAGAAGGACAGUGUAAUUCCAAAAAACCAGGGAUGUUUGAUUUUCAAGGCAAACAGAAAUGGGAAGCUUGGAAGAAACUUGGAGACAAGCCUAGAGAUAUGGCCAUGUUGGAAUAUAUUUCACAUAUGACUUCACUUUACCCUGGAUGGGAGGCAGAGAUAGACACAAUUGAUGAUAAAAAAUCUAGUAGUGGAUCCUCCUGGGUAUCAGUCAGCACAAUGUCAAACACAGACCCAGAGUUAGACAAUCAAAACAAGACAGUGUUUGAUUGGUGUAAAGAGGGAGAUGUUAACCAAAUGUCCAGAAUACUACAAAGUGAAAAUAUUGACAUCAAUGGCCUAGAUGAUGCAGGAAUGGCCUUACUCCACUGGGCUUGUGACAGAGGUUUAAGUGAAAUGGUAGAAUGUCUACUGAAUAAAAAGGCAAAUAUUGAUAUCCAGGAUGAAGACAAACAGACUCCACUUCACUAUGCUGUUAGUUGUGAACAUCCAAAAGUUGUGCAGAUGUUGUUAUCUCAUGGUGCCGACAAGUCACUGAGAGAUAGUGAUGGACUAUCACCGUCAGAGCUAGAGACUUCUGAAGAGAUUAGAAUUUUACUUGGAAAAACUUGAUAUGAGCAGCAUACAAAUGGCAUUAUUAUAUAAAAUAACAAGUCAAUGGAAACAAUCUCUUGUUAAUGUUAAUUAUUUUCAUUAAAUGUUUUAUUUAUUUUUUAUUUGCAACUACAACAAUUAGAUGCAUAACAGUUUAUCGUGUCAAGGCAAUGCAGUUUUACAAAGAAAGGUGCAAACUAGCAAGAUGUUGCUAUAUAAGAUAAGGUUGAGUAUCUGCAGGUUCAGGGAUGGUAUUAAAUGGGGACAAAUGUCAUUAUCUGUAUAUUAUGUUCUUAUUUGCUGUGAUAUUAAAAAAAGUCAUUAUUUCAACAUAAUUGUUACAUGUCAUUCAAUUAAACUUACUGACUGA